AUUUCAUGAUGAGUUGGCAUAUUCAACUUUAAUACAAAUUUUAGAAGAUCCCAAAUGGGGUCGAAGAUACUAUGAUCAAAAUCAACAAGCAUAUAUUGUUCUGGAACAAUUAUUGAAUCAUACUAAUAACAAAGAUCAAGAUAAUGAUGAUAUUGAUCCUCUAGAACAGUUAAAUAAUCAAAAAAAAAAACCCCUUCCAAAAUUUUCCCAGACCAAGCUUCUAGUAAAAUGA